AUGGCAAAGGCGACAUCUGUGGCAAGGGAACUGGUCUAUAUGAUUGAAGACAGUCACUGCACUUUCCUACUCGUCGACCAACAAACCGCACCGAAUGUUGCGAAGUUUGUAAUACCCACGUGCGUUAAGUUUUGUAUUACUUCGCAGGCCGUGUUCGCCAUCGGAAGCGUGCCCGGUUUCAUUGAUAUCCUUCAGUUUCAAGAACUAUCGGAUGCCUCAUUCAAGUCCCACGUGCCUACUGACAACGAGGAAGAGGUUGUGGUUGUACUGUACACGUCAGGAUCAACGGGCCUUCCAAAGGGCGUGGAACUAUCACACAAGGCGUACUGUGCCGCGUUUCAUGCAUUCAGAUCUACUGGAAAUUGCACUGAAGAGGACGUUUACCUUGCCUGGAAUCCGAUUACCCACGUGUCAGGCUUCGGAUAUGAUAUGUUUGGUAUGCUUAUAGGCGCGAAAAUCGUCAUCGCUGAGCCUUGGAUUUCAUACAACGAUUUUAAGGAUAUCCUCGAAACAUUUCAGGUGUCUCUUUUUCUUGGCCAUACUGCUCGGAUGCAAGAUGUUGUGAAUGAAGCCAGAAAAAACAGUGAUAAUGUAUUUCGUCUAAACAAAAUAAUGGUUGGUGGAUCAGUGAUCAAAAAUUCGCUCGCAAAGGACAUUUGUGAAAUAUUCAACUUGAAAUCAAUGAUCGUUUGCUACGGCUUAACUGAAACGUUUGCAGUUCUGAGCACCUCACCUGUAGGACAAAUCACCUUCGACAAUUGCGGCUUUCCUGUUGCCGGCAGCAAAGUCAAGGUUAUAGACUUAACCAGCGGAGACUCACUUGGCCCAUAUCAAAAAGGCGAGAUUGUGGUUCACAGCCGAAACGCCAUGAAAGGCUACUUCAGAAGUCCAGAAGCUACUGCUGAAGCUUUGAGCGAGGAUGGCUGGUUGCGGUCAGGAGAUUUAGGAUUUUACGACACUGAAGGACGGAUUUAUAUCAUCGACAGAUUAAAACAGAUGAUAAAAUGCAUGGAUAAUGUCGUCACCCCUUCUGAGCUGGAAGAAAUCUUGAUGACCCAUGAAGCUGUCGCGGAGUCCGCAGUUGUAGGCGUUCCAAGCUCCAAGUAUGGCGAGGCUCCAGCAGCUUGUGUCGUUGUAAAAGACGGCUUUGAGAAAAACCUUGAAAGUUUGGCGAUAGAGUUGAAGGAGCUAAUUGCAGGUCAAGCAGCAGUGUUCAAGCAGCUGUACGGUGGAGUUUUUUUCAUGAAAUCUCUUCCCAAGUCUCAUAGCGGGAAGAUCCUGAGACAAGACCUCAAGACGAAAAUUGCUAAUGAAAAGUGA